AUGCACCGCCGCCUCCGUCGGCGUAGUCGGAGUUACAGCAGAAGUUGGUCUGAUGCGGAAAGUUCUGAUCGAGAGCACUCUAGGAGACGCAGAUCGCGUAAAAGAAAACGACAUCGUUCUCUGCCCAGAAACCCAGAGCGUCUCGUCUCAUUUGCGGAUGAAAACGGUGGCAUAUUAGCUUCCGUUGUUGAGGAUGAGACGCCAUUGUUCGUUCCAACAAAUAAGGGGCGACGAAGAAAUGUUGGGAGAAGUAAGUCGGAGACUGCUCAACGAGGAGCGAGGUCGUCGACGCAGCGUCGUACCGGGAAAACCAAGAGAUCGCACAGUGCUGGCUCAGCUCGACGAAAGCUCAACUCAGGAAUUCGACGAGACCUACAGGGGCGGCUGCGCGACGCCCAUGGACGAUUCGUCAAGGCGCCAUCAUGA